GAUAUAUCAUCGCGUAGCCUCUGGAAAAUUCCAGCGUGCUUUGUGAGAACAUGGAAGUGAAAAGGGCAAAUAAUGUCUUAACAUUAAUAGGAAAAUUGUCUUGACCUCCAAGAGUCCCUGGGAGGUUCUCAAGCCCGCUUGGGCUGCCUGGACCACGCUCUGAAAACCCCUGGUGUGGAUAACAACUGUGAACUUAGGAGCUGAGCAGAUUGAGUUUAAAGCCCUGCUUUGUCACUUUCUUUUUCUGGUACUACGGGCCUUACUUUUCUUCUCUGUAAAAAGGGAUUAAUAUCAUCUACCUCAAAAGGUGGAAAGGAUUAAGUAAGUGGAGUUCACGACACAUAGUAAGUGUGAUAUCGAGCUUGGCUACUUUCCCCUUGGUUCCGGCCUCAGUGUCUUCAUUUGUUAAACAAAGGGCUGGACCGGAAAACUUGCAAGGAUCUUCCCAGUUCCAACAGGCUGUGGCUGUGUGGUGAGAAAUGUUCGAGAAUUCCACAUUCCCACUCCCGCACUAGUGACGGCAGUGACGGCAUCCCCUUUUCAGCUCACACAGACACGGUGGCACAUUCCAUUCACCAGCUGUGGAAACACACGUGAACACAGAUACACACCUGUCGGUCAUGAUUGCCCAUGAAUCUGUUUAGAAGAUGUGUGUCCCGAGGGCCAAGACACACACGGGAAGACGCAGAGGCACAUAGAUCCCUGAUGCAAAAAUGCCUCGCAAGGGGAUCUGUGCAUGUGCCUGCAAAGACACGUGUGCACACGUGUAUGCAAUCAUGUCCUCCUAGGAUGCACAAGGGCACCGUGCACGCAUGCACAGACGAUCUGAGUGCCAGACACAGUAGCAGAUGGGCCAGAGACCUCCGGGAGGGCAUGCAGUAUAGAGCGGCCAGGGCGGCAACCACUCCUUUCUUACGCUACUCUCAGCCCAGCACCCCUACUCCGCCCUGCGCGCCCCCGCGGCUGCCGCCGCAGUCCGCGGCCACCCCAGCCCGGCAGCCCUCUGCUCGGCUCGUUUCCGCGCAUCAAUCCCGGCCCGCGCGCGGGAGCGAGCAGGGGAGGGGACCGCAGCCGGUGCUGAGGGUUGGAGGAGUCGGCUCUCUGCUCUCUGCAGCCGGCAGCUGGGCCUCUUGCUGCGGCGGCAGCGGCUGCCAGUGGCCAGGCGGUGCCAGCCCACAGGGUGGCUGAGAGCGGUGGGGCGGGGGCGGCCGGUGGCCUGAGGCAAAGCUUGCCGGCAGCAUGGCGGGGGUGUGGGCCAGGCGGGGCUCGGGGCUCCCGCUGCUGGCGCUGUCCGUGUUUGGCUUCUGCCUGAUGCUGCAGGUCAGUGCCAAGAGGCCCCCCAAAACGCCCCCCUGCCCGCCCAGCUGCUCCUGCACCAGGGACACGGCCUUCUGCGUGGACUCUAAGGCAGUACCCAGGAACCUGCCCGCGGAGGUCAUCUCUCUGACGCUGGUGAAUGCUGCCUUCUCGGAGAUCCAGGAUGGAGCGUUUUCCCACCUGCCACUGCUGCAGUUCCUGUUACUCAACUCCAACAAGUUUACGCUGAUCGGAGACAACGCCUUCACAGGACUGUCGCACCUGCAGUACCUCUUCAUUGAGAACAAUGACAUCUGGGCACUCUCCAAGUUUACUUUCAGAGGACUCAAGUCUCUAACACACCUCUCACUGGCCAACAAUAACCUGCAGACACUGCCCAGAGACAUCUUUCGGCCCCUGGACAUCCUGAGUGACUUGGAUCUGCGGGGCAACUCGCUCAACUGUGACUGCAAGGUGAAGUGGCUGGUGGAGUGGCUGGCACACACCAACACCACGGUGGCCCCCAUCUAUUGCGCCAGCCCGCCCCGCUUCCAAGAGCACAAGGUGCAGGAUUUGCCACUGCGGGAGUUCGACUGCAUCACCACGGAUUUCGUGCUGUACCAGACCCUGUCCUUCCCUGCGGUGUCGGCUGAGCCCUUCCUUUACUCCAGCGACCUCUAUGUGGCUCUGGCCCAGCCAGGUGCCAGUGCUUGCACCAUCCUCAAGUGGGACUAUGUUGAACGGCAGCUUCGAGACUAUGAUAGGAUCCCAGCCCCCUCAGCAGUGCACUGCAAGCCCAUGGUGGUGGACAGCCAGCUGUACGUGGUGGUGGCCCAGUUGUUUGGUGGCUCUUACAUUUACCACUGGGACCCCAACACCACUCGCUUCACCAAGCUGCAGGACAUUGACCCGCAGCGCGUGCGCAAGCCAAAUGACCUGGAGGCCUUCCGCAUCGAUGGCGACUGGUACUUUGCCGUGGCUGACAGCUCCAAGGCAGGUGCCACCAGCCUCUACCGCUGGCACCAGAAUGGCUUCUACUCCCACCAGGCCCUGCACGCCUGGCACCGUGACACAGACCUGGAGUUUGUGGAUGGUGAGGGCAAGCCUCGGUUGAUCGUGUCAAGCAGCUCCCAGGCGCCUGUCAUCUAUCAGUGGAGUCGCACCCAGAAGCAGUUUGUGGCCCAGGGCGAGGUGACUCAGGUGCCUGAUGCCCAGGCUGUGAAACAUUUCCGUGCGGGACGUGACAGCUACCUGUGCCUCAGCCGCUACAUCGGGGACUCCAAGAUCCUGCGCUGGGAGGGCAGCCGCUUCUCAGAGGUGCAAGCCCUCCCCUCCCGGGGCUCGCUGGCCCUGCAGCCCUUCCUCGUAGGUGGUCACCGCUACCUGGCGCUGGGCAGUGACUUCUCCUUCACCCAGAUCUAUCAGUGGGAUGAGGGACGGCAGAAGUUUGUGCGGUUCCAGGAGCUGGCCGUGCAGGCCCCUCGGGCCUUCUGUUACAUGCCUGCUGGAGAUGCCCAGCUGCUCCUGGCCCCGAGCUUCAAGGGGCAGACACUUGUGUACCGACAUGUAGUGGUGGACCUCAGUGCCUAGAGGGGUGCUGAGGCAUCUGGGUUGGAGGCUGAGGGGUCCUCCAUGUGAGCAGCAUGUGUGUCCAUGUGAAGACACAUGUAGCCAACCUCACGCACACAGACUCCUGGUGAGCACGGGCACCAUGUGGGUUGGCCCUGGGAGCCACUCGUCAUAGUUGCAAUCAGCAUUAGGAUUCAUAUAUGCACCAGGAAAGCCAAGCAACCUAGUGCCUGAAGCCCUUCUGUCUGUGGACACCCAUGGACCCCACACUCUGCAGGCCCCCUCGCUCUGCUGCCUUCCACACGCUCUGGCCCGGGGAUGGGGAGGAGUGCUGGGAGGGAGGGCCUUGGGCUGAUCCUUCCGACCCUCUGGUCUCUGUUGUUGGUGCUCCAGGUGUCUGUUUAACUUGCUCAUGCCCCACAUUGCAGCCAUGACCACAUUUUUCCUACUGCGGGUACACUCACCUGUGUGCCUCCUGCAUGCACAUGUAGACACUGGCCAACACCCUCAGUCACAUGCACAUACACCUGUCCACACCCCCGGUUCCCUGUGCACAUAUGCAGAUUCAGCGCUGCCUAAAGGGGCUCCCUUCCAUUACCUUGCCUCUCUUGGAGGGGGUGCAUAGUACUGUUCUCCUCUGCUCACCCCUGGUGCGCCCACCCUGCAUCUGGUAAGGAUGAGAAUUGUGGUGCCAGCCUCUGGGCAUCAGCUUGAACUCCUGGGGACAAAGUCCCUCUGCCCAAAGCAAUAACAACAGCCCCAGCAGACCUUGACCUCUUCCCAGUGCUGGCUCUGUUCUCACUGACGUUUCUUCCUCUGACCCUGUCGCCACGGAGAGGAAGGAGACCACUCAGACAAAAGCUUUUCUGCUUUUCUUCCCUGUAGCUCAGCCUCAGCCUCAGCCUCAGACCUCUGCGCCCUAACCCUGCCCCUUGGUUCAGCCCCUACUUUGGGAUGUGGACCCUGAGCUGUGCUGGCUCCUUAGGGUGGGUCCAAAAGCUGGCCAUCCCAGGGGCCCUGCAAGCACUGGAACCAUCUGGGUGGGUGCCAGGAGUGGAGCUGGGCUAGACAGCAACUUGAGGGCACUGGCACCCCUCCAGUCCACGGAGGCUCACACCAAGGGCAUUGCCUUUCAGUGCAAGCUGGUAGAGGGGUGAGGACCCUAUGAGGUGACAUCUGGGAGCCAAGCUUCUGCUGCCCUCUGCUGUGUGCUGGGGAUAGACAGCUGCGAGUUACAAUGCCGGUGGAGAAGGCAUGAGGAGGCUCCUCCCUGUGCCCAGACUGUGAUGGGUUCCUGGUGGCAGGAUGCCGGGGGCACUCGGGGGCAAUGCUAUAAUUCACUUGCUUCAAAUAAAAA